AUGCAGGGUUCGCGGAACCUUCUCUCGUCGUCGAGUGAUGUCACAGUAGCCAUCACUAGCCACGACUGGAAAGAUAGUGCGAAGGGUAUCGGCGCCGGCAAAAGCGCCGUGGAUGGCGGAAACGAAUUCGACGGGGUGGAUAGCUGGCGAGGCGCGUUCGCCGGGGAGGUGGUGACUGUGGAAGAGGUCCGAGAAGACAAGGGGGAAGCGAAACGGCGGAAAGGCAACCGGGGAAAAUCGAAGAAAUCGAAGGCGGGGGAAAAGCGAGGAGAGGAAGCGACGGUAAUGGGGCGCACGGGUGAUCAGGGUAGCAAAAAAGGGAAAGGAUUGGUUGUUGAGAUUGCGGAGAAGGAGAAAGGGAAGAAGCGGGAAGAGAUGGUGAUCAAGGUUGGCGGGUUGACCAAGGAAGCGAAGAAUGACACCCGCGAGAAGAGAGGCGAGACAGGCGAGGAGGGGGAAUUGAAGGGAUCAGACAGCAGAACGGAGGAGCAGCGUGAUGAGCGGCGGGAGGAGGGGAUAGAAAAGGAUCACGUAGGGAAGGAGAAGAGUGCACGGGAUAGCAGCAGCACGCUGCAUACCGACAGCACGCGGCAGGAGAGCGGCACGCGGGAGGAGAACACGACGGGGGAGGGAGGGCGUGAGAUUGGUAGCGAUACGCGGCAGAAGGAGGAGGUCGGGGGGAAGGCGGAGGCAGCUGCUGGCGCGCAUGAGGGGAAACAUAGCAGCCCAGGGGCACAGGCAGCCGAAUCGGAUGUCGCACGGGAAGCGGAUGUCGCACGGGAAGCGGAUGUCGCACGGGAAAGAGCAGCAGCGGGAGAGUCAAAGGCAUCAGGGGAGGCGGGGGCGGCAUCAGGGGAGGCGGAGUCGGCAUUAGGGGAGGCGGAGUCGGCAUCAGGGAAUGCGGGGCCGGCAUCAGGGGAGGCGGAGACGGCAUCAGGGGAGGCGGGGGCGGCAUCAGGGGAGGCGGAGUCGGCAUCUGGGGAGGCGGAGUCGGCAUCAGGGGAGGUGGGGGCGACAUCAGGUGGUGGAGUUAGCGACGCUGCAGUGAUCGCUGUGGCCGAGGGCAACCUAGGCGCACGCCUGCAGGCGCUUUGCCUUGCGCCCGCCGUCAGCGCGGUGUGGGGCGCGCGCGCACCGGGGGAGGCGGAUGCGGGGAAGAAGGAAGGGGAUAAGGCGAGGGAGGUAGCCGUUGUGUGGAGCGACUCAGCGGUCGCGGAUGCUGACGUGGACGGAAGUGCUGCUGAUUCCGCUGGCGGCAGUCCCAAGAAGGGACCCGCAGGGGAGGGGUUCUUGGAUUUAUUCAGCGGGUUUCCCGGUGUAGAUGCAUUACGGUUAGACGAGAAGGAUAAGGCUGCUUGGCCGAGUGUGACUGUAAAGGGAUCAGCCUCUGCUGCUCCUCUUUUAGAGUCACGGAAAGAGGUGCAAGUCUCGUUGCCGGCCUGUGUAGACGAGGGGUCGGAAUCGGCCAAUACGAGCGCGACAAGCGGCAACAGCAGCAGCAGCGCGGAGGUGCCUGGAUUGUCGUUGUCGCUGUGGGUCCCUUCUGGACUAAGCCACGUGGCAAGCAGAGAAUGGUUUGCCACCGUACUGCACUCCUCGCCACAAGUGUUCCCCCCCCUCUCUGGAACUUCCUCUCCCCCGGUCCCCCCAACCCUUCGUUUUCUCCCCUUCUCCGAUUUCCUUUCCCCUUCCCGUCCUACCCCUUAUCUCCGCAUCUCCCCCCAGACCUCCCCCGAGGCAUGUUCCGCCCUCCGCCUCUUCCAGUCUUGCCUGGGCGCUCUGCAGCCCUCGCCACGUGUCAGCAAAUUACUGGAGGAGGGAGCGCUGGGGGAAACGGGAGCAGCUGCUGGGACGUCUGAGGGGGAGAUAAAGGAGGGUGGGGGAGGACGGGUAAAGGGGGGAUUUAGCGAGAGACUAGCACGAAGCACGGCUGUGUAUCUGGAAGCCAAUCAGGUGAUGCCAGGUGGCACGUGCGGAGGGUGUCCCGAGGACCCUCUACUCAACUGCACGCUUCGCACGCUGACGUGGCGCUACCUGCGCGUGCCGUCCAACUCGUCUGACGUGGACUUCACUGUAGCAGCUGCCUCUGCUACAGACGCUGCUACAGUCGCAGGCACCUUCCAUCCCCUGCGCGCCCCGCUCCUCCUCCCCCACACUGCUGUCAGAACGGCCAUGGGUUGCCCCUUGAGAAUACCUCCCUCUUCCUCCCCCCCACCUCCCUCCCCCUCCUCCCCCUCCUCCUCCUCCACCUCCUCCUCCUCCUCCUCCGCCUCCUCCUCCUCCUCCUCCUCCUCCUCCUCCUCCUCCUCCUCCUCCUCCUCCUCCUCCUCCUCCUCCUCCUCCUCCUUCUCCCCCCACUCCCCCCCCUCCUCCUCCUCGUCUGCCUCAACGUCAAUGCCCAGCACCAGCUCUGCUGCAUCUGCUUCUUCUGAUUCCUCACCAUCAUCGCCAGCAUCAUCGUCGCGACGACUGUUGGGUCUGAAGGGAGAGGAGGAGCAGGAGAAGAAGUCUGUCUCACCAUCUGACAGUUCUGGAAGCGACAAUAGUGAGAACAGCAGCAGUGGGGCGAGCAGCAGUGGCAGUGGGGCGAGCGGGGCGAAAGGGCACGAAUGGAGUUGUGGUCAGCUGGAGCUGGCGGAGCUGCUGCUGCUGUCGUGGGCUCGAGGGCUCAUCCACUCGCGGCCCUCUAUAGAGGCACUCUUCAUUGCCGCCCAGGGGAGACGGCACCGGGCGAGCCACAGCAGCAGCGCGGAUGCCCCUGCUGCCUCCCAGGCAGUUACGUUUGUGGUGGAGGAGAGUGUGUGCGCUGCCCCACGUGUUGCUCGGUUUGUCGACCAGAAGUACCUGCAGCAGAUGCUCGUUGAUGAGGAGCUCAAGGCGGUGUACUGCUUUGUCCCCAAGGCGGCCUGCACGAGCUGGAAGGUGUGGUUCCGCCAGCAGCUGUCCAAGCGACUCGGCAGCAUGAAGUCAUACGGCGUGCCGGAGCGAAUCAUCGUACACAACCCGCAGCAGAGCGGGCUGAGCAUCAUGGGGUACGGGUUUGAGGAGCACGACAACAUUCGCUUCCUCACCCGCCCGGACUUCUUCAAGUUCUCGUUUGUGCGCAACCCGUUCACGAGGAUCGCGUCGGCGUAUCUGAACAAGCAUGUGGACGGGGGAUACCCGCAUGACCGCAAGUACUGGAACGAGCGCUUCUUUGCAGGGUUGCAGGCGUACAACGAGCUCAUGAAGAGCCAGAACGGCAGCGACUUCAUCCCCUUCUCAACCUUCAUGUCAUUCCUCCAGAUGCAAGCCACACGCUAUGUAGCACGCAUGGACCCCCACGUCCGCCCCCAGAUCAACCUGUGCAAGCUGAAUUCGAUCCGAUAUGAUGUUAUCGGGCGGUUUGAGAAUCUAGAGGAGGAUGUGGCGAAGGUGAUGCGGCAGUUCGGGAAGGAGGGGAAAGAUGCCUUUAAUAUUGGCCAUGGGGCACACCCAACUAAUGCGUCGGAUAAGCUGCUCGAGCUAUAUGACCAGGGAGCUUUUGAGGCUGCUAUGGUCGCAUACAAGACAGAUUUCAGUGUGCCUUUAAAUGGUUUAGAGUAUGGACCACCACAAGCUUUAGUGGAAAAGUUUGGCUCUGAAACGAGUUAA